AUGGCCGCUUUGCACACUGCAGGGACUCUAAUUCUAAGAAAAACAGAAGCAGGGGGAAAGACAAUUCGGAAAAAGAGAAAAAGCAUUUCUCUUGUUGUCAAAUUUGAUUGGAAAUAUGAUGUUAGUGGUGUCAUCAAUGGGCUAUUAAUCCAGAGAUCCAGACUGAAUCAUCACCACAUAAUCUGGGGGAGUCUUAUUCUGCAGUUGCUGGUUGUUUAUGACAAUGUGCUUCCAGCCUCCAAUAUCAGCGUGCGGACAUUCAUUGGCUGUGCUGUAAGAGAGUUCACAUUCCUGGCUAAGAAACCAGGAUGUAAAGGAUUGCGAAUCAACACGGAUGCUUGCUGGGGACGAUGUGAAACCUGGGAGAAACCAGUUCUUGAUCCUCCAUACAUUGAAGCACACCAUCGGGUCUGUACCUAUAAUGAAACCAGGUUCAUCACAGUGAAACUACCCAAUUGUCGGGCUGGGAUAGAUCCAUACUACACGUAUCCUGUAGCAAUGCGGUGUGACUGCGGUGUCUGUUCAACUGCCACUACUGAGUGCGAGACUCUGUAA